GUAACGAUACACCACAUUUAUUUUACAGCAUUUCGAAAAUGGCACGACAAUCAAAUUAAAGAACUUACGUUUCGAGGCGUCCGGCUCGUAUCACUGUCUGGUUACGAUGACGACUCCUAUUUAUACCGAACACUCGGAAAGCGUCGUAAUGAAAGUUAUAGUACCACAGACUGAAAAUCCGAAAAUUACGUUCAAGAAAAACUCGUACGUCGUAGGCGAAAAUUUAGAGGCGAAUUGCACUUCCUCGGCUGCACAUCCAGUUCCUCAUUUGACUUGGUAUAUAAACGGGAAGGAGGUGGAUAUCAGUCUGGUAAAUCACUAUCCUCACACACAUCACAAAAACCAACUGAUGUCCGCUACUGCGAAACUGGUGAUAGAGGUUUCCGCGUUGCACACAGGAAAAAACGGUAAUCUGGAAAUAAGCUGUCAUUCGACCAUCCCAGAUUACGCAGUGCAGUAUGCCGAUAUAAAGAAGGAAUCGGUCACGGUGAAAAUUAUGUCGAUGGUCGAAUCCUCAGCACCAAAUAUCGCAUGGGGAUGGCCCCUAGCUACGUUACUGUGCAUACUCUGCGCGAUGCACAAGAUCAUUCCUUAAUAAAAGUCAAUUGCUAUAGGAUAAUUAAACGAAAGAAAAAAAAAGAAACUAAAGAAAGAAGAAAAAAUAACAGGAAAAAAAAAAAGAAAAAAAAAGAUGUGUAAUAUACGUAAACGAGAAGAGUAUAAAUACAAGUGGAAAAAAAAAGGGAGAACUUGUGGGAAGGGGGGAAUAUAUAUUAUAUACAUACAUAUAUAUAUAUAUAUAUAUUAAUGAACGAACAAUCACAAUGUCUUCCUUGAUUAUACCGAAAUACACGGGGGCAGCGAUUUUAUUGUCUUGCAGAAAUUUUAUAAACUCAUAUAGACGCGGCUUCUUCGUGCAACUAUUUUCGAUUGUCGCUUGUAUCGAUCGUUAUCUAUUUCGCGAAAAUAUUGUCGAAUCCCGAGGGAGAAUUUCGUUCGUUUUUCUGGUCAUUUCAACUCGUACAAGUUCGGGAGAAUAUGACCAUCGAAACGGUAAUAGAAGAAAAAAAGUAAAACAAAAAAAAAAAUAAAUAAAAAGAGAAAAAAGAUAUCGUAGUAAAUAGUAAUUCGCCGGUUAACAGUGAUUUUUUUCUAAAAAGGAAAAUACAAAAAAAAAAAAA